GAUGCUGUCAUAAACCGGAGAAUAAAUCUCGUUUAACGAUCGUGAAGGGGGCCUUGGUAUUUUGUGAAUGGUUUUAAUGGUUGGCUGCGUUAAAUUGUAAGUACUAUUUAAUGUGUUAUCGGCUUAAACCUCAUUCAGAGGCAUCAUAGAACACGGUUGGUGCUAUUUUUAUUUGCGCAUCUCGCAUUGUGAAUCCGCGCUCGGCGUGAAUAAUACAUUUCUCUUUCACUCGGGAGGUUUUUUUUUAGGUUUUCCAAGGGCAUCAGUGAGCGGCACGGUGCGGCAGGGAUGUGCACUUCUCACGGAUAGACGGAGUAAGAGGAAAGGAGCCCGUUUGUGCUGCUGUAGUCUUUGAUUUGAUCAGAUUUAUCCGUGAUAUCCAGGCUCUCUGCUAUAGCUCCCCUCUCGUUCAGCGCCUGGCUGUAGGAUGAGACGUCAUGAGUUGAUCUGACAGAUGUUGCUGUGUUGCACAGGCAUAGAUUAUUCGCGUGCUCUCGCUGUUUUUUGGGGUAUGAUUGUGUAAAACGGGGCGUGCGAUUAAUGUUAAAAUCCUCGCGUCGUGCUCGCAACAUUCAUUUAAUUUUCGGGAUUGCAUAAAAUGAUACCAGGAUCUGCCGCAUCAAUGCUACCGUCUGCAGAAGCUGCGAAACUGUACCAGACCAACUAUGUCCGCAACUCCAGUGUCAUCGGACUCCUAUGGGCCAUCUUCACCAUCCUGUUCGGCAUUGUUAACGUGAUCAUCUUCUCUCAGCCAUACUGGGUUGGAGAUGGCGUGGAUACGCCGCAGGCCGGCUACUUCGGCCUGUUUCACUUUUGCGUCGGAGACGGUAUCUCCAGAGACGUGGUCUGCGAGGGUAGCUUCACCGAGUUCGCUGCUAUCCCCUCCACCGCGUUCAAGGCCGCUUCCUUCUUCAUCGGUAUGUCCAUGAUGCUGAUAGUCGCCUGCAUCGCGUGCUUCAGCCUCUUCUUCCUCCUCGGAACCUCCACCGUCUACAAGAUCUGCGGUUGGAUGCAGGCAUUAUCAGGUGUCUGUCUGGUGCUGGGCUGUAUCAUCUAUCCUGAUGGUUGGGACAGUGACGAGGUGCGGAAGAUGUGCGGGGAGCAGACGGACAAAUACAGCCUGGGAGCCUGCUCAGUGCGCUGGGCCUACAUCUUGGCCAUCAUGGGCAUCCUGGACGCUCUCAUCCUCUCCUUCCUGGCCUUCGUCCUCGGGAACCGGCAGGACGGACUCAUGUCAGAAGAGCUGCUGGCUGAGAGCAAGGUACCCGUCAACCCUCAACAUCAGCUUAGCGGAGAGAGGCCAUCCAGUUCUGUGGAGGAGAGGAAUUCUGUGGAACCAGCCAGCCUGCCUUUCACAUCAACCUGCCAAAUACCCAGUGUACCCUACCCUCAAAGUCCAUCCAUUUUGCUUGCCGUCCCCGAAUCGUCCCCAGCACUUAGAUGGAGCCCGAUGCACUUCUACCCCAAUGUGUCUACAGACCUCACCCUUGCACAACAUUGCAUAGACCAUGGCAGGGGCAGAGACUGUUAUUCUACCGAGAAGUAUACAGACUUCCCAUUACCUACCUGAGAAGGCACAGGGUUGACAUUGUACACCUGCAGUACGAGCACAGACACACACAGACACACAAACAAACACAAGCCACCACACUCAUAUGCACAAACACAGCUCAACGCACAUACAGUACAUUUGAAGAAAAACAUUGAAAAACUCUGUAAUUACAAGUAUUAAACUAUUUUAACACUUAGCCGUGUGUACCACCGUCAGAAUGUGUGUCAUGUUUUAUUUGUGAGAAAAAAAAGAAACUGUUCAUUUUCAGAUAUUAUCGAGUUGAUGUAAAUCUAUUGUGUUUCAUAUGUAAAGUUUGACAAUGAAAGAUUGAAGUUUCUUUUUUGCUCAUACACCCCAUUGUUCUACUUCAUUUAAUGGAAGAAAAAAAAAUAUUUAAGAUAUUUUGUAUAAGAAUAUUAUCAUCUAAAAGAGAAAAAAACUUGUAUUUAAAAGUAUGUACAGUGAAUAUUAAAGAUGUUCUAGGAAUUUUAACUAAAUCCAUUCAAUGCCCUGCUAGCUAAAUUUGCACAGCGCUUCAGUUUGAGAAGAAAUCUGAUAUUUUAUAGUCUCUGGUAUCUACACUGUGAUGGGGCUAUAAGGACUGUGUGCUGCAGGACUCAUAGCCGCUGUGUGAGUGUGCUUCUGUAUGUGUGUAUGGAAGGUCUGUUUGUGUGUGAGUGAGUGUGAGUGAGUGCAUGCACAUGUGAGUGUUGGUGUGAAUGUGCUAUUAUAGUUGGCCUAAAGAACCAAUAUGCCAGCCUCACACACACAAUUGUUCUGUUGUGUAGCUAAAUGUGUGUGUCUCUGUCGUUGUCUCCAGCUCCCUCUUUCCGUUUUUCUCUCUUUAACUCCCCUUUUACUCGCUUUGUUUUGUUGGGACAUACAGGGUAACAUGAUGGAGUUGGAGUAUAAUGUAUAGUGACUGGUGUGCCUGAGGAGUGAAAUGUGGUGGUUAUGGAUAAGUAAGGCUGUCCCAGCGUCACCUGUGGAUAUUUUUCUGUGUAAAUAAAUAUUCUAUAGAUACCAAACAAUUAGCAAAUAUGGAGGAGGUUAAUCUAGAACCAGUAAAGAGAUUCCUUUAAGAAUAUAUGAAUUAUGAACACUUAAUAAAGGUUUU